AUGGCGCACCAAGCAGACGCAAAGUCUAUGCUGGACAGCAGAGGACUAUACACCGGCGCCACCGUCCACGGCGUCAACCCUCUCCUGCUCGUUGAGAAGAUCAUCCGCGAGCGCAUCUUCGAGAGCCUCUACUGGAAAGAGCAAGCCUUCGGUCUCAACGCCGCAACGCUCCUCGACCGCGCCGUAGAACUCACAUACAUCGGCGGCCAAUACUCGAACCAGAAGCCGACCCCAUUCCUCUGCCUCGCGUUCAAGCUGCUGCAGCUACAUCCGGAGCGUGAGAUCGUGCUAGCGUAUCUCCACGACGACGAGUUCAAGUACUUGCGCGCGCUCGCGGCGUUCUAUAUUCGGCUGACGUGGAACGCCGUGGAUAUCUUCAAGACGCUGGAGCCGCUAAUGACAGAUUAUCGGAAGCUGAGGGUGAGGGGGAUGGGCGGGUGGAGGCUUACGCAUAUGGAUGAGUUUAUUGAUGAUUUGUUGACGAAGGAGCGAGUGUGUGAUAUUGCACUACCGCAUAUUAAGACGAGGGCGAUGCUGGAGGAUGCGGAUGAGUUAGAGCCAAGGGAUAGUGCUCUGGGGAGUGAGCUUGAGAGUGAAGGGGAGGAGGAGGAUGGUGACGAGAAGGAGGACGAGAAGGAGGGUAGUGGGAAGGAGAAAGAGAAAGAAAAAGAAAAAGAGAAAGAGGCACCUAUUAAAGAGGAGCCUAUGGAUGAGGAUACCGAGAAGGUAGUGAAAGUGAAGACUGAGGAUGAUGAAACAAUGGAGACGGCUGAAGACUAG